GUUUAAGAGGAGCCAUCAAAGUGAAGUCAUAGUAUCAGUGACACAAUGACACCCCCACACACACCCCCACCCCCUUCUUUGCUCCUGUGUUCAUCCUUCCCUCCGUCUGUGCUGGCAGAGCAGGGUUGCAGUCAUGCAUGUGGACACUGUCUCUCUUGUGUGUCCCCUGAUUUUUGCAGCCCUGUGGAGGGGGGUCCGGACUGCCUCUCCUGUACCCUCAGUCCCUGACCGAGUCCAAGCUCUGGUGGGCUCCUGUGUUGUGAUUCCCUGCUCGUUCACUCCUCUAGCUCCUCAUCCUCUCAAGGGGAGGAAGGAGAGGGUGGACGUCCGGCUGAGGUUCAGAGGUGGUGGCCACUUAUUUCCUCUUCGGAGCAUCGCUUUUAACAGCGAACACAGGGAUCAAGUGAGCAGGGAUUUCCAAGGCCGGACGUCUCUCUCUGGGCGAAUCACAGAGGGAGACUGUUCGGUGAAGAUAGAAAGGAUCAGCCUGGAUGACUCACGGAUGUUUGAGAUCGCUCUGAAAAGAGGUGAUGACUUACUGUGGGGAAAACCAAGGAGCUUUAAUCUGGAUGUUGUUGACACUCCUGAGGCUCCUGUCAUCAGCGGCAUGUUGUCGGCCACAGAGGGACAGCUGGUUACCUUGAACUGCUCGGUCAACUAUUACUGCCCCUCCAGGCCUCCUGCCCUGCAGUGGAGCUGGGAGCGAGGAGGCCACCUGAACAGCACCGAGCCCGGGGAGGUACAGACACUCUACCCAGAGCCCCACAGGCUGAUGUUACUGGCUCCUCUGUCCUUCACUGUGUCACAUCAGGUGAAACCCAGGCUCAGGUGUGAGGUCAGCUACCCAGGAGCCAAAACACUGGCCACUUCCAAGGAUCUGCAUGUGACAUUUCCACCAAAAGAAGUGAAAGUUCAGGUCCAGUCCAUGACAGUGCAGGAGGGGGGCAAUGCCUUACUGGUCUGCUCAUGCAAAGCUGACCCUCCAGUGUCGGAGUACCGCUGGUCCUACACUCAGCACGGCCGUACAGUGCACCUCCACCAGCGCGCACACACAGUUCGGUUGUACAACGUGACUCGGGACAUGAAGGUCCGCUGCUCAGUACAGAACCUGAUUGGUCGAGGAGAGUCCCGGCCCACACCACUGAACAUACAAUACAAACCUGUCAUCCUCCGGCUCUCCUCCACCUGUGUGCUAGAGGAGAUGGAGGUGCUGUGUCGCUGCUCAGUCGACUCCAACCCCAAACCUGCGGUCACCUGGAGCAUCAAUGGGACUGUUCCACCUCGUGAUUACAAUGUGUCAGUAACAUCAGAGCCUCACGUGCUAACAGCUACUCUGAGGGGCCGCAUGGACAGACCCCUGACAGUGAUCUGCUUUGCUUUCAACGCCCUGGGAAAUGAUUCCCUGGUUUUGCUGCAGGCAGGACAGGAGACAGCCCCCUUGUGGUGGAUGGUGUUACCUGCUGUGGCCAUCUGCUUGGUCAUUUUCCUCCUGUCUCUUAUUUUGUACUGCUGCCGAAAGAGAGCUGGAAAAGAUGUUCUGAGUAGACAUCCAGCUGUUUACCCUGAAGGACUGGGAGUUUAUCAGGACAGGACGCCCCUCUAUAUUAACUGCACGGAAGUGACUCAUAUCUACACCAACGGCAGCUACCAACUUGUAUAUCAGAACUGUACGCCUCUCUUUGUCCAUACUAACCAGAUCCGUCCAAUGGGCAGAAGAGGUGGGGAGAGACGAAGAGGAGGAGAGGGUGCAGGAAUAGACAGACGAGCCCCUUCAGGAGUCAGAGGGACAAGAGAGGUGCAGGGUACUACUGUGGCUGAUGCAGAAACGGCCAUCUACCUGGAAAUCAUCUGAGUCACAUUAUUCACCUGUAACAUUAAACUUGCAUUAGACUUCG